CUACUAAUCUCAAGCCCAAGCCGACACUUGCAUCAAGAUGGAGCCGAAAAGGGCCGCCUCAACGCAAAGUCUCCGAACCGCGAUUCGCGCGGGGCGCAAAAUGACGGCCGGCGACAGGCAGGGUCCGACCUCCUGGCGCAGCUUACCGGACCUCAUCGAGGCCGAGAUGGCCAGGCGCCGAGUGAAGCCUACCGAAUCGGCCGUAGUUCUUUUCCAGAAAAACGUCAACUUUUUUCUGGGCAUGUUCUAUGCCGCCCUGAACAGUGCGCUGGUCGGAGUCAUUUCGGUGUUCAUCAAAAUUCUCUACGACAUUCCGACGCUCCAGCUCACCACCAUGAGGCUAGCGGGUAUCCUCAUCUUCUCCAUCCCGCUCGUCAUCUACAGCGGACAGAACCCGUGGGGUCAAAGGUCCAACAGGAUUUACCUGGUCUUUAGGGCCACCGCUGGGUUCGCGGGUCUGUACUUCCGUUUCUGGUCCAUGAAGCUCAUCCCACUCUCCGACGUGGCCGUGAUCCUGGCAUGCCUUCCAGUCUUCGUGACGGCGCUCGCGAGGGUCUUCCUCCACGAGCCUUGCGGAGCCACAGAUGUCCUCAUCCUGUUCCUCACCAUGUCUGGACUGAUAAUGUCAGCUAAGCUGCCAUUCCCGUUCGCGCAGACGUCGAAGGAGAGCAAGUCGGACCCCAUGAGGAGCAGUGGUAUUCUAUUUGCCUUACUGUCCACGGUCUUUGGCGCCAUUAAGUUCCUUAUCAGCAGGACGGUCCGGUGCGAGCACCACUCGGUAACACUCUUCAUGUAUGGUUUCGUGGGAGUCAUCGAGUGUCUUCUACUUUCCGCCGGUACUGAGCAGUACGUUCUGCCCAGGUGCGGCCUGGGGCGAGUCAUCUUCGUGUGCUUCACCGUGUUCAGCUUUUUAGAGCACAUGAUUCUCAUCAAAGCCCUUCAGAUGGAAAACGCAGGACCAGUGUCGGUGGUGAUCGCAGCGAUGGAUGUUGUGUUCAUGUUCGCUGCGGAACUCAUCCUUUUCGGGAAUAUCCCGGAUAAGUACAGUUUCGCGGGGGCUGCCUUGGUAUCCGCCUGCGUCUUCUUGUCCAUGGCUAAGAAGACAGUUACAGAGGCUGAAGAGGACUCUCUGUUCAAACGGCUCUUCUUCUGGCUGGCCUACUGAGAUAAGACAUUCAGCACAGACAUAGCUCGUUCAUCUCUUGUGUUCGAAUAUUUUAGUCUAUACGACCGAUUAAAAAUAUAUCAGUGAA